AUGAGCCUGACAGAUGAGCAAAAGACAAUUGACGACCUCCAGGCCAACUGGAUCUGGGUCCCAAACUGGGUUGAUUCUUCAGAUGCCAAUACAGCUGGGAAAAUCGUCCACUUCACACGCAGUAUCAACUUGUCCUCGCAACCUGUCAAGUCAGUACUGCAUUUCUCAGCUGACACACGAUACAAACUCUACGUAAAUGGGCAGCAUGUUGCCGUCGGACCGACUCGCAGCAGUCCAUUGAUUUGGUACUAUGAUACUCUGGAUAUCACGCCCUACCUAAGAGAAGGGCACAAUGAGAUUCGAUUCGUGGUUAUGCGCUACUUUCACUUUUUACGCUGCGCAAUGCCCUUUGAGCGGACGGCGCUUCCCGGUCUGACUGUUAUUGGAAUGGUGGAGACUGCAGCGGGGGAAGCCAUCGAUCUCAAUUCUUCUCAGAAUUGGCUGGGAAUUAUUGAUCAAAGUGUUCAAUUCCCGAUGGGUCUUGCUGAUGAUGUUUUCUUACAUAUCAGCGAGCGUGUCGCUCCCGCAGAUCCCAGCCCCACAGUGAUACCGGUUGCAUACAAGAUGAGGACUUUGAACGGUGAUAUUCCGCCCUGGAAUCUGCGUCCACGCUCGAUUCCAAUGCCCGAGUCAAUACCCGCUGAUGUCACAGCAAUUAGAGCCUGCGAGAGUGUUGUAAAAGCUAGUGACUGGGAAGCUUUAUUUGCUCGAAACCACUCUAUUAACCUCCCAGCGAGUUCAAUCCAUACCCUUGAGGUACAAGCAGAUGUUCACUCGACCGCAUUUCUUCGAUGGGCAUUCAAAGCAGUUGCAAACGCCUCAAAUAUAAAGCUCAAAGUGACACACUCAGAGGGUUAUGAACUCGAACCACGAUCAUACCCCUUCUUUCGCUCUAAGGUAGACAGGUUAGAUGCAAGUGUCGGUCACAUAAUCGGACCAUACGACGAGGUAACGCUCAGUCUUCCCAAUGGGGGUGAACGCAUCGUCUAUGAGCCAUUCUGGUUCCGCACUUUCCGCCUCUUGAAGAUCGAGAUCACAGUUGGCCAUGAGCCAAUCGAAAUUCUAUCAUUCGACGCUACUCAGGUCAAUUACCCUCUAGCCGUGAAAGCUAGCUGGAAACAGCCCGGUGAUCCUCAGACCGAGGAAAUAUGGAAUGUCUCUAUACGGACGAUGAGAAAUUGUAUGUUCGAUGGAUACUCCGACUGCCCAUUCUACGAACAGUUACAAUACUCCGGAGACAGCCGUUCCGUCGGUCUAUUCCACUACCUCCUCUCAGGCGAUGACCGUCUAAUGCGGCAAGCGAUAACAAACUUCGCCGCUUCAGUCACGCCUGAGGGUCUUACACAGUCGCGCUUCCCUUCACACGUACCGCAAGUUAUAGCCGGAUUUUCCCUAUACUGGGUCUUACAAGUCUGUGAUCAUCACGUAUACUUUGGCGAUACGCGCUUCUCGAGAAGCUUUAUUCCGCGUAUUGAUGGGAUCCUUGACUUUUUCGAUUCUCAUGUCGACGACCUAGGCCUUGUCAGUGGAUUACCGACGGUUGUUUGGCAGUACGUUGACUGGGUCACGACCUGGGGUGCUACAGACGAACAUCCCGACAAGGGCGUUCCAACCUCGGGGAGAAAGACCAAUCGACACACUUAUUUCAGUAUGAUAUAUGCUUGGGUUCUCCAGAAGGCUGCUGUGUUGGUCCGUGAUGUUGGUCGGCCGGGGCAUGCCUCCGAAUACGAAACGAGGGCAGCAUCACUGAUAUUGGCCAUCCGGGCCCAUUGCUACGAUGGGAAGUUCUUCACCGAUUCAACAGCCGAUGUCGUGGAUGAGCUAUCCUAUUCUCAGCACUGCCAGGUAUUCGCUGUUAUUUGUGGCGCAGCGAGGGCGGGCGAAGCGACGCGGAUCUUGACCGAAUCGUUUACCAAUGAUCGGUUCUCGAAAUGCUCUUACAUGAUGCGGUUUUAUGCCUUCCGGGCAUUGGCGUUGGCUGAUGAUGGCGAUCUGUAUGAUUCGUUUUGGGAGAAGAUGUGGUCUCCGUGGAGAGGGAUGCUGGCUAAUAAUCUCUCGACGUGGGAAGAGGAUGAUGUUAGGCAGAGGUCUGAUUGUCAUGCCUGGGGGAGCGUGCCCAUUUACGAGUACUGCACUGAGCUGGCGGGUGUUCAGCCUGUUGCUCCUGGUUCGUCCAAGAUAUUAUUCAGGCCGCGGCUUCGUCUGACAGGGGCCCUGGAAGCAAAGGUUGCCGUUGGUAAGGACAACUUGGCAGAGGUCUCGUGGAGGAUCAACUCCGAUGGCGAGAAGAUGGUUGAGCUCAGACUUGAAAAAGCGGUUGAAGUCGUCAGUCAAUUGCCAGGGGGCAAGGAAGAAGGGCAUGGCAUCGUAGACUAUCUCAGGUUCGUGUUUAAAGGCUGA